AUGAAGUGUUUCUAUUCCAGCUCUGUCUCUGAAGAUCUGGGUUGCAGACGUGGAGAGUUUAGCAGAAAGCAUUACGGAUCUGUGGAGCUACUUAUAUCUAGUGAUGCUGAUGGAGCCAUUCAAAGAGCUGGACGGUUCCGCGUGGAAAACGGCUCCUCUGGUGAGAAUACAGACUACACUCCGGGUACAUGGCACAGAACGGAUGUGCAUUUGGAAAACCCAGAGUGCCAUACAAGAUGGUAUUUCAAAUAUUUUUUAGGGAAAGUUCAUCAAAAUUAUAUAGGUACAGAUGCAGAGAAGAACCCUUUCUUUCUGUCUGUUGUACUGUCUGACCAAAAUAAUCAGCGCGUUCCUCAAUACCAUUCAAUACUUUGGAGAAAAACAGGUACUCAGAAAAUAUGUCUCCCUUAUAGUCCCACAAAAACAUUAUCAGUGAAAUCUAUAUUAAGUGCUAUGAGUCUUGACAAAUUUGAGAAGAGCCCAAGGGAAAUUUUUCAUCCCGAGAUACAAAAGGAUUUAUUGGUUCUUGAAGAGCAAGAGGGAUCUGUGAAUUUUAAAUUUGGAGUCCUUUAUGCUAAGGAUGGGCAGCUUACAGAUGAUGAAAUGUUCAGCAAUGAAACUGGAAGUGAAAGCUUUCAAAGAUUUUUGCAUCUCUUGGGUGACACAAUUACUUUGAAAGGCUGGACAGGCUACAGAGGAGGACUGGACACUAAAAAUGAUACAACAGGAACCUGUUCCAUCUAUACAGUUUUUCAAGGGCAUGAAAUUAUGUUCCAUGUUUCAACCAUGCUACCAUAUUCUAGAGAGAACAAGCAGCAGUUUAGGAAUAUUGUUUUGCCAUUCUCUCACAGAAUUGAAAGGAAGCGACAUAUUGGAAAUGACAUUGUCACUAUCGUAUUUCAGGAAGGCGAAGAAUCUUCUCCAGCAUUCAAGCCAUCCAUGAUUCGCUCUCAUUUUACACAUAUUUUUGCCCUAGUGAGAUAUAAUAAGCAGAAUGAUAGUUACAGGCUGAAAAUAUUUUCAGAAGAAAGUGUUCCUCUCUUUGGGCCUCCCCUUCCAUCCCCACCUGUGUUUACAAAUCACCAGGAAUUCAGGGAUUUUGUGUUAGUGAAAUUAAUAAAUGGGGAAAAAGCCACCUUGGAAACCCCAACAUUUUCUCAGAAACGUCAACGCACUCUGGACAUGCUGAUCCGCUCUUUAUACCAAGACCUGGUGCCUGAUCUACACAAGGUAAAUAACAUGCUCAAUAGAAGGUCCUUCAGUGAUGUGUUACCAGAGUCCCCAAAAUCAACACGGAAAAAAGAGGAAGCUCGGCAAGCAGAGUUUGUCCGGCUUGGUCAGGCAUUGAAAUUGAAAACCACUGUGAAAGGGGAUGCCACAGCUAACUUGGCAACCACAAGCUUUUGUAAAAAGGAGCCUUGGGAAUCUCAAUCUUUCUGCAGUAAUUUUCCUCAUGAGGUUGUCUGUGCAGAUUCUUGGGGCCAGUCCUUGCUGGUUUCUACAGAUGCUGGCAUCUUGUUAGUAGACGAUGGUCAACCGUCAGUGCAAGUAUUUGAUAAAACUCUCCAAAUAAAGCAGAUGCAUGUGUUGGAAGCUCUGGAUCUUUUGAUUGCCCGAACAGACAAAGGGAAAGACUCUCGUCUCCUUGUCUUCAGACUCAGUGCUGUCCAAAAAGAUAUAGAAACAAAGCAAAUGAUAAGAAGCAAAUACGACUGCAGAGAAAAUAAACUGGAGAGAACAAAAGGCUGCCAUUUGUAUGCCAUUAAUACUCACCAUGGCAGUGAACUGAGGAUUGUUGUGGCUAUUCGGAACAAACUACUUCUCGUCACAAAGAAAUAUAAUCCACGCAACAGUUUAACCAGCAGCUCUCUGCUAUCGUCAUCUGAAUCUCCAGUAGAGGAGUUCCAGUAUAUCCGGGAAAUAUGCCUCUCUGACCCUCCAGUGAUUAUGACGCUGGUGGAUGGACCUACUGGAGACAGUGACAAUAUGAUCUGUGUAGCGUAUCGGCAUCAGUUUGAUUUAGUUAAUGAGAGUACUGGGGAGUCCUAUAGAUUGCAUCAUGUUGAAACAAACAAGGUUAAUUUUGUUGCAGCUAUUGAUGUAUAUGAAGAUGGUGAAGCUGGUCUACUGUUGUGUUAUAACUAUGUUUGCCAAUACAGAAAGGUAUAUCCUUUCAAUGGAAGUUCUCCGCUGAUCCAGCCAUCAGCUUAUGACUUCCACUUCAGCUGGAAUCAAGUUCCUUAUGCUGUUGUCUGUGCUUUCCCUUAUAUCCUUGCCUUCACUACUGAUUCCAUUGAGAUCCGAUUAGUGGUGAAUGGGAACUUAGUCCACACAGCAGUUGUGCCUGAGCUUCAACUUGUAGCAUCAAGGUCAGAUAUUUAUUUUAAAGCUACUACUGCAGUAAGUGGAUCAUCUGACAGCAGCUCUAAGGAAAUGAGUUCAAGUUCCCCUCAAACACCGACAGCUUAUGAAAUGCCAGAACGUCCUCUUUCUUCUCUAGAAGGUGAAGUUCUGUGCAAAAACCUGUACAAAAUUCCUCUCAGUAAUCUGGUUGGGCGAAGCAUUGAACGACCUCUGAAGUCACCUUUGGCUCCCAAGGUCAUCACUACUACAACAUCCAGUGGCAUUGCCUCUCUUCCAGUUACUCACUCGCUAUCCUUAUCUCGUAUGGAAAUUAAAGAAAUUGCAAGCAGAACACGUAAAGAAUUGUUGGGCCUCUUGGAUGAGCCUAUACCCAAGACAGAAAGUGCACAGAAGCAAAAAAAGGUUCCUCGAAGACAGUCAGACCCCAAGCAGGGAGCAGUAAGAUCAACUAGUAGUGACAGGAUAAUCUCAAGCUCUUUUGAAAGCUAUUCUGAAGGAUGUCAUCUUUCCACUAGUUCAGAUCCCGAUACUUUAGCAAACAGGGAGGAGAGCUCACCAUCUAGCUAUCCAUUUCAGCUGAUUUCUUUAUAUGAUGAAGACAUCAUUGACUUGAAGUGAAGACAGUCUUAAAACCUUUCUUCCUUACUUCACAUUUUCUUACAACUCUGUGAGCUCUAUGGGAAUGUCACAAACACUGCUUCUAGUGGUAAAAUGUGGCUGGAAGUAUUGGUGAUUAAUCUUUAUAGAACCCAUGUUGUUCUGGCUAGUUCAGCCUGAUUUGGUGAUGCUUAUAUCUUUGACAUAGGUAUGUUUUCUUUUCUCAGUUAAUGAGCCAUUACUUUUUGUGGCAUUCUAACAGUAGGUAAUCAAUGAGAGAUUUAGGCUGAAACUGAAGUAAAUAAAACGUAUUACUUGUUCUGAGCUUCUAAUAAUUUGAAGUACCUGAAUGACACUCAGCUAAGGUAAUCGCUGUUACUACUAUCAUGAGUUGUUUUACAACAGUGUAUGUCAUGUGGGAAAAGGAAUUUUAUAUCAUAAAUCACUUCUUUUGGUUUUUCAGUCUUUAAAAAAACAAACAAAACAAAACAACAGAAAAAAAGGCUUGCAGGCAAGGUCUUUCCAAACAGUGCAGUCUGUCCUUGAAAUGAUGCAGCUGUGGUAUGCUCAGUGAAGAAUCAAGGAUGUUCUAUAAAGAUCAGGUAAGAUAUGAAGACGCUGCUUUCUUUGCUCUGGCCUGUCCAUGCACAUUUGUUAGAGAAACUGGAAAACUGUUUUGGCAUUAAGAGUCCUUGAGCAGAGAGACUUUUUAUAGAAAACACAAACUUUCAAAAUAUUCCUUAAGAAUUGGAAGUUUAAAAAAAAAAAAAAACAAACCCAAACAAAAAAAACAACUGUAUUUCUCCAUCUACUGGAAAACUGUUGCUGUAGUGCGCCUACAGAUUUUUCCAUUACAGGCAGAAGAGCCAACCCCUGAUUUUCUUUCUGACUACACAAAGAUUCCUAUGCAGGCAUCAGCAUUGGCUGUUGUCUGCUCUUGC